AUGUGCAUGUCACAGUCAAAUCAACCGGACCAGCAAGUGCCCAUCAGUCCAGCCUUGGAGAAUUCCGAAAUCUCCACCGACCCGAAAUGUCUAUUUUUGACUCCUGAGGCAUCAAAAUCUAGCGGAUCAUCUUUGAACUUGAGCACAUCCGCCGAGAAUUUAAUCGGCGAAUGCGGAAAUAGCCUCGAAGAGAGACUUACGUUGGAUCCUAUGCCUUUCGUACCUCAACCCCUUGUGAAUAAUCCAUUUGAUCAAGCCCCGCAGAACGCGGAUGCCGAGUGGAGGAAGAGAAAGCAACGCGGCGAAACAAGCGAGGUGAUCGAUGAACUUAUGAACUACCAGGGAAUGCAGGCUGUCAAAGAGACCUUUCUAGCAGUCAAGUCUCACGUUGAUAUUUGCAAGAAACAAGGACGUGAUCCCAAGUUAGAUCGAUAUAACAUUGUCUUCCAAGGAAACCCAGGAACAGGGAAAACAACCGUCGCACGUCUAUACGCCAAAUUACUACACGAGAUCGGGAUUUUAGAUUGCGAUUAUGUCAAAGAGACUUCCGGAGUCAUUCUGGCUGCUAGAGAUACUUUGUACCUCAAACGCAAACUCAAAAGGAUGCUUUUCAAUGGUGGCGUACUUUUUAUCGAUGAGGCCUAUCAGCUUGUGUCACCCCAUGCGGAUAUACAGGGCAAGCGAGCCCUUGACCUCAUUCUCAAGACCAUGGAAGACAACAUUGGUCGGUUGGUGGUGAUAUUCACAGGUCAUAAAGAAGAGAUGGAGGCUUUUUUUGAGCACCAACCUGGUCUCCCUGGUCGAAUCCCCAACAUUGACAGUCAAUACCACGGGCAGAUGAAGGUCGAGGGUGGCUUCGAUGGACUGGCGAUGCGUAUAGCCAUUCAAAGGCUUGCGGAAAGCUCCAAUUCAAGGUCCUUUGGGAAUACGCGUACUGUUGAUAACCUGAGCACCCAGAUCUCACGACGACAAAGCCAGCGUUUAUGCCAGAUGGCAACAAGCAAUCCUCAGAAUGACCCAGACUACCUGCUCUUUACUCAGGAUGACAUUAUUGGACCUGAACCUUUGAAGGCCGGAAAUAACAGCGCAGCAAUGACACAUUUGCAGAGCCUGGUUGGAAUUGAUAACGUCAAGAAAUACGUCCAGAGCAUGGUGCGAUUAAUGCAGGCAAAUUAUCAACGAGAGCUGCGUGGGAUAAAGCCACGCCGUCUUCCUCUCAAUCAGCUGUUUGUUGGGCAGCCAGGAACUGGGAAGACUACUGUUGCCAGACUUUAUGGCAGCAUUCUUGCAGACUUAGGUAUUUUGAGCCGAGGUGAUGUGGUUCUCAAAACACCUGCAGAUUUCAUCGGUGACUGUGUUGGAAAGUCUGAGAGACUUACUCAGAAAAUUCUCGACGCAUCUGUUGGCAAAGUGCUAGUGAUUGAUGAGGCCUAUAUGCUUGACCCUGGCGACCCUGGUAGAGAACAAGAUCGAUUCAAAACAGGAGUACUUGACACGAUCGUUGCCAAUAUCCAGGGAUCGCCUAACGAAGAUCGGUGUAUUAUCAUGGUGGGUUAUGAAGAUCGAAUCACGGAUAUGUUUCACCAUGCAAAUCCUGGAUUACGGCGGCGCUUCAACAUAAACAACAUGUGUAGGUUUGAAAACUACAACAUAUCGCAACUUGAUCAGAUUCUCAGUCUCAAGAUGAGGGAACAGGAUCUCACUUGUACUCCAGAGGCCAGGAAAGUCGCUCAUGAUAUACUCCAGCGAGCAUCCACGCGCCCGAGUUUUGCAAAUGCCAGUGAAGUUGAAAGCUGCCUCGCCCAGGCAAAGGCAAAUUUUGAGGCUCGCUUAAAUUCUCAGGAGCUGGAAGAUGUUCUCUUUGACGACACACUCCAAGCACAUGACUUUGAUAAAGACCUUGAUCGAACCAAGCUUGAUUGUCGGGAUCUGCUUGAAGGGGAAGUGCAAGAAAGUGUUAUACAGAAAUUCAUCAGUUACCAGACCCGAUUUCAUGCAGCAAAGCAACGUGGUCUGGAUGUAGGGUUUUUGGUACCCACAAGAUUUAUCUUCAAGGGACCCCCAGGAACUGGAAAAAGGACGACUGCUCAAGCCAUGGGCCGCUUCUUUUACAAUAUUGAAUUGCUUCCGACGGAUGAGGUUCUCCAGUAUUCGACAGUUGAUUUUGUUGGUGAGUAUGUUGGUAGCACCCCACCCAAAACAAGAAAGCUACUUGCCAAAGCGCUUGGCAAAGUUGUUUUUAUCGAUAAUGUCGAUCGCCUGGGUGCUGGCCAUUACGAAACUGAGGCUGUCAAUGAAAUUGUCCACUUUCUCAACCAACGAGCCCACGAUGGAAAGAUUGUGGUUAUCCUUGCUGGGGGGAACGCAGAGAUCAAUAGUUUGUUUUCUAAACAUUCUAAUCUUGCUGGACCCUUUCCUGAAGAGAUGGAGUUCAAUGGACUUUCUGCCAAAACCUGCAUCUCACUUUUGGAUCGAAAACUUCGAAGCAAAGGUAUUGAUAUCGAGCCAACACUUCAAUCGGCCGGUAUAGAUUGUCACGACCUCAAACUAGAGAUGCUGUUCGAAAAGAUGCAAUAUCUGUCUGAUUGGAGGAAUUCUCACGACGGGAAUUAUCUCGCCAAUGAGAUACUUGGCAAGUCUCUUGAAUCAAUGGGCUCCGGCAAUGCCCUUUAA